AGCCUUGGCGAGGGCUGGGGCGACACUGCCGGGUCCCUGCUGCUAGCCUUCAGCAUGCAUCUCCACCUGCUCCCGCUGUUAGCGCUGUGCGGGGCGUGCUGCGUGGCGGCGGGUCCUAGCUACAGCCUGCGGGGCAGCUGGCGGGUGAGCAACAGGAACGGCUCCCUGAAGCUACCGGGGACCGUCCCGGGCUGCGUGCACAGCGCCCUGUACCAGCGCGGGCUGAUCCAGGAUCCAUACUACAGAUAUAAUGACCUUCACUACAGAUGGAUUUCCUUAGAUAAUUGGACCUACAGCACAGAAUUUAAAAUCCCCUUUAAUGUCAGUGAAUGGCAGAAAGUAAAGUUGAUUUUUGAAGGAGUUGAUACAGUUGCAGAAAUCCUGUUCAACAAUGUCAUUAUUGGGAAGACAAACAACAUGUUCACUGGAUAUAGCUUUGACGUUACUGGUAUGGUCAGAGACACGAACUCCCUAAGGCUACGGUUCCAGUCAGCCGUGCAAUAUGCCGAGCUUCGGAGCAAAGCUCACACUCGCUACUCAGUGCCCCCAGACUGCCCCCCGAAGGAGCAGAACGGUGAAUGUCAUGUCAACUUUAUCCGAAAGGAGCAGUGUUCCUUCAGCUGGGACUGGGGACCUUCCUUCCCCUCUCAAGGAAUCUGGAGAGAUGUCAGACUUGAAGCCUAUAAUAUUAGUCAUCUGAAUUACCUCACAUUUUCUACAAUAUACGAUGACACUUCUCAGGAGUGGAAUAUUGAAAUCGAGGCUUCUUUUGACGUUGUCAGCUCCAAGCCAGUUGGUGGUGAGGUGACUGUAGCCAUCCCUAAACUGAAAAUACAGCAGGAAUACAACAUUAAACUUCAACAGAGGCAAAGAGUUGUUAAACUCCUGGUGAAAAUUAGCAAGGAGGUUGCUGUGGAGACCUGGUGGCCUCAUGGACAUGGAAACCAGACUGGAUACAGCAUGACAGUUCUCUUUGUGCUGGAUGAAAGCCUAACUAUUAAAAAGUCAGCCAUGGUUUAUUUCAGAACAGUGCAACUUAUAGAAGAGCCCAUAGAAGGGUCUUCUGGCCGGAGUUUCUACUUCAAAAUUAAUGGACUUCCUAUAUUUUUGAAAGGCUCAAACUGGAUCCCAGCUGACUCAUUCCAGGAUAAAGUUACUUCCGAACUGUUGCAUCUCCUUUUGCGGUCUGUUGUGGAUGCUAACAUGAAUACUCUGCGGGUCUGGGGAGGAGGUAUUUAUGAGCAGGAUGAAUUCUAUGAACUCUGCGAUGAACUUGGAAUAAUGGUAUGGCAGGACUUCAUGUUUGCCAGUGCCCUUUAUCCAGCUGAGAAGAGCUUUGUGGAGUCAGUGAGAGCCGAAGUUGUUUACCAGAUCAGGAGACUCAAAUCUCACCCCUCAAUCAUCAUAUGGAGUGGUAAUAAUGAGAAUGAAGUGGCACUGAGUAUCAACUGGUUUCAUAUUAAGCACCAUGACUUGAAAACCUACAUUAGAGACUAUGUGACCCUUUAUGUGAGAAACAUCAGAGAGAUUGUUUUAUCAGAAGACAAGACCCGUCCUUUUAUUGUGUCCAGCCCCACCAAUGGGGUCAAAACCAUGGAAGAAGGUGGGAUCUCUGAAGACCCUUACAGCAGCCUUUAUGGUGACGUACAUUUUUAUAACUAUGUCAGUGACUGCUGGGAUUGGAAGGUCUUCCCAAAAGCUCGAUUUGUAUCCGAAUAUGGCUACCAGUCAUGGCCUUCCUUUAGCACACUAGAAAAGGUCUCAUCUAAGGAGGACUGGUCUUACACUAGCCGCUUUUCCCUUCACCGACAGCAUCACGUAAAUGGUAACAAUGAAAUGCUUGAACAGGCUCAGCUUCACUUCCGAGUCCCCCAAAGGACAGACCCCUUACUCAAAUUCAAAGAUACUCUCUACCUUACUCAGGUGAUGCAGGCCCAGUGUGUCAAAACAGAAACUGAAUUCUACAUGCGCAGCCGCAGCGAGAUAGUGGAUGGAAAAGGCCACACCAUGGGGGCUCUUUAUUGGCAGCUGAAUGAUAUCUGGCAGGCUCCUUCCUGGGCCUCUCUUGAGUAUGGAGGAAAAUGGAAAAUGCUGCAUUACUUUGCUCGGCGAUUCUUUGCUCAGCUGCUGCCGGUCGGUUUUGAAGAUAAAGGAGUGUUUUAUGUCUACGGUGUGUCAGAUCUUCACAGAGACUACAACACACACCUCACCGUGAGGCUCUACAACUGGAGAUCCUUGGAGCCUUUGUGCUCUCUUGUGACUUCACCUACUGUGAUUAAAGCUGGGAAGGCUGUGGUUCUCUACAAGAAGCCGGUGCUGGAACUGCUGAGGAAAUGUUGGGGUUGUACGAGGGAAACCUGUGUGAUUUCCUUCCACCUCUCAACUGACAGUGACCUUUUCAGCCCAACCAACUAUCAUUUCCUGUCCUCCCUGAAGGAUGCCAAAGGGCUGGUCAGGGCCAACAUCACUGUCGACAUCUCUCAGAAGGGUGAUUUGUUUGUGUUUGACCUGAAAACUUCUGCCAUCGCUCCCUUUGUUUGGUUGGAUGUAGGAAGCAUCCCAGGGAGAUUUAGUGACAACGGCUUCCUCAUGAUUGAGAAGAUGCGUUCUGUACUGUUUUACCCUUGGAAGCUCACCAGCGAGAGUGAGCUGCAGCAGGCUUUCAGUGUGACCUCCCUGGCAGAUAUCUACUGAAGAGACGUGGACGGUAUUUCAGUGGACACUGGGAAUGAGGCCUUUCUAAAGCGUGGCUGGAAAGAAGGGCAGCCAGAGCUAAAGCAGCCACGGCACAUCUGCUAGCUGGCGUGCACUGACUCUUCACUCUUCCAGUUUGUACAGUGAAUACUUUCAAAGAUGGCUCAUCACCCAGGUGGUGCCCUUAGACAAGGUCAUGCCCAGGUGUUCUUGAAUCUCCCAGGGCUGUGUUUUUAGGACUUUGUUCCAUGCUAAAACACAAUGAAGAAGAGUUAGAUAACUCGAUGAUCUUUUGGGGAACCACUAGAUUGUGACCCCACAGUAUGCAUGGAACUAAAUGUGGAGAUUCUGAGUAAUGUAGGCCUUUUAGAACAGUGUAAAAUUCUACCCACUGAAGACAAAGUGUGAGGCUACUAUUGCCAGAGGAAAUGGGAGCUCAGUACAAUAGAGAUUACAAUAGUUACAAGAGAAACUGUUAGAUGGCGGCCAUAUUGAUUGUUGUUGGUAGACAGCGGAGGGGCUUGAAGGUUGUCAUUGGUUACCAUCUUUUUUCGUAUAGUUCGUUAUUAAAAGACCAAGAGAGUGAUCUUUCUUUGAAGAGCAGUAUAGGCUGGUUGUGCUGGUACCUUCCUGUAGUCCUAGCACUCUAGAAGCAGAGGCAGGAGAAUCACAAGUUCAAGGCUGGCCCUGACUACACUGUAGAAUUUUCCCCCUGUGUUGGCUCUAAGCUUUCAUGUGACCAUUAGGCUAACACUGAUUCUGGUGAGCUUUCUAAUCAAAAGAUAUGAGCUACAUUUAAACGCAUCUACUCUGGUGUGGAAGUAGCAAAAAAUGUUGAUAGGUAGCUAAUUUGGGUACAGGUUUGCGGACUUUUUUGUACUACUUUUGUACUUUCUAUAUGUUUAAAAAAUAUAUAAAAAGCCAUAGUUUAUACAAAUUGAUUGACAACUUGAUAGUUCAUCUGCACUCUGUUUCACCAUUUAAUAAACAUUCUAUUGUGUGCAA